AUGCCCCGCCCCCGUGCCGCGUCCCCCUGGCGGCGCGCCUUACAGAACUUAGUAAUCAUGUCCCACCACACCAUGGAGAUCGCCUCCGACUUCAUUCAGCAGGCUCCCCCCGGUGGCCUGCAUGAGGUCUACAACGAUCUGCGCCACCUCGUCAACGAUGACAACCACCUGCGCAACUCCACUGCCCAGGCCAUGUCCACCUACAACAUCUCCCAGAUGACCCAGGUCACCCUCCCCUCUGGUGCCAAGUCCCUCGUCACGCGCUUCAACGUCGUCGAGGGUGACAACGUCUUCUACGACAGCACCACCGGUGCCACCUUCGCCUUUGACCACUUCACCCAUGAGGUUUCCGCUGGCUCCGGCUCUCAUGCCCCGAUUUCCGGCUUCCUCGCUGAGCUUGAGCGUGCCGCCAAGGACUACCUCAACGAGUACUACCCGGAUGGCCAUGCCACCGUCUCUGUCUUCCCCCAUGGCGAUGGUGCGGCCAUCUGCUUCGCCAGCGAUCGCUACAGCCCGCGCAACUUCUGGAACGGCCGCUGGCGCUCGGAGUGGAUUCUGAGCGGCUCCUCCCUCAAGGGUGAGAUGCGUGCCCAUGUCCACUACUACGAGGAUGGCAACGUCCAGCUCCAGACCAAGAAGAAGGCCGACGUCCAUGUUGCUGAUGCCAAGAACGCCUCCGCUGUGGUCAAGGCCAUCCUUGCCGCCGAGCAGGCCUUCCAGCAGGGUCUCAACCAGUCCCACUCUCAGCUGGGUGACACCACCUUCAAGGCCCUGCGUCGUGCCCUCCCCAUUACUCGUAACCGCGUGGACUGGGAGAAGAUCGCCCUCUACAAGGUCGGCUCUCAGAUUGGUGGCAAGUAA